AUGAGAACAGCCGCGCGAAUACCCAGCAGAGAUAUAACAUGGAGUCUCGAUAACCUCUUCGUGGGCCGGGGGGCCACCAAGUACUUGUCCGCUGCUGCCGCCGUGACGCCGGACCUACAACGCCAGAACGACGGUUUCCGCCUCGAUCCUCCUAUAUACUACCCCCCGACCUCACCACAGAAAGGCGGGUCGAGAGAGGGCGUUUCUCCAAGCUAUCCCUUCUAUACAUCGCCACUAAUCUCUAAGAUUGCUACACCCUCUCACCCGUCUACUAAAGAAGAUUUAUAUUACGCCAAAGCCUCGGCAGCGGUAGCAGCACAGGUAGAAGCCGAAACGGAAACCGAGUCCAAGUCCAAUUCCCUAAGACAAGUACCCGCGAUCAAGCUCUCAAAUAAGAUUCACGUUGUCGGCUUCGAUACACACGCAAGAUUUGUCGCCCACGCUCUUGCCGCUGAUCCUAAACUACCUCCGGUUCAGAUGCUCACUCACAGCCCAAUAUCGAUGAAGGCAUGGGGACAGGAAGGUAGAGCUGUCAGUAUUCAUGAUAGCAAAGGUCACCCCAUAUCUUCCCGAGAAAUCCUCUGCCCAGAUUACGUUAGUCGUCGGUAUAACUCGCCAGUGUAUCAGCCUAUAUUGGACAAUAUCAUUCUUAGCACCGCCGCCAGGGCUGCCUUUCCUACUUUGCAUGCCCUGCGUGAACGCAUCGACCGUCGAACCACAGUCUGCUUGCUUGAACCAGGGCUUGGAUUGAUGGAGAUGUUGAACGAGGAGGUGUUUAACGUCCCCGCUCUGCGGCCAAAUUACGUGAUCUGUCACAGCAGUCAUAAACUUGCCAGGCAUUCGUAUCAUAAAUACUCGUUACGACACAUACCUGGGAAUCUAUAUCUCCACGCGGUUCCUAGGGAUGACGAAGACGAGGAUAUAGACAGGGUAACGUCUCAAUUGCUUGGGAAUCAACAUACUAGACAUAUGAUCGAUAUCCUCUCGGCGGCUGGCGACCUCAACGCAGUCGACGUAUCCUGGAAACAAUUGCUACUGCACAAGCUACCCGACAUGAUAUUUCAAUCCCUAGCCGACACGCUUUCAGCCAUCUUAGAUUGCAGCUUCAACCUUAUAAGAAGCAAUAGAAGUGCGAUGAGGCUGUGGGAAAAUAUGUUGGCAGAGACGAUACAUAUCAUCUCGUCUAUUCCCGAUUUCCAAGGCCGCAGGAAGCUCAGGUUCCUACACGAAAGACAGUUUGCGACAAAGCUCAGAGUCAGGCUAGAGAGGCAGGGUACCGAGUAUAGCCAUUGGAUAAGGGAGGUCCGAAUGGGAAAAGAACCGCCCGCCCAGUUCCUCAACGGCUAUUUUGUGAGACGUGCCCAGGAGGUCGGAGUCGACCAUAGGUAUAACAGCUUAGCUAUAUCCAUGCUCAAAGCGAGGGUAGAAAGCAGGCGUAAGAUGCACGAAAUUCCGUUCAAUAUUAUACCGGAAUAUGAUGAUUAUUAGAAACUGCGGCUCGCAGCAUGGCCCGAGUAUAGAUAGACAGACACGGGUUUGGGUUGGUAUUGUAUAUAGUGUACACUUACGGAAAUCGCUUGUAUAACGAAUUAGGGAUGUGAGAUUUUGCUCUAAACAUAACGCUUCGCCUCUAUGUUAGAGCUAUCUAAAAUUUCAAGUUAAUUGCUUAAAGUCGCCCGCUGUAAUUUGGCAUAGCCCGCGAUGCGUGAUAAAUGAGCGUGUCAUAUUAGAUCAAGCACAAAGUCAAA